UCAAAAAAUAUAACAAAGCAUUUAUAGGCUUAUAGCAGAACAAUCUUAUUAUAAGAAGAGACAUCUUUUAUCUUUCUUUAGCUUAACGUGAAGUGAGAGUCUUGAUGAAAACAAAAAAAAUAGGAGGAGAGGAGGUGAUGAGUCUGUCGGAUGACGGUUGAAGUUGGAAAUGCAGAAAGCCAGAGAGAGAGAGAGAGAGAGAGAGAGAGAGAGAGAGAGAGAGAGAGAGAGAGAGAGAGAGAGAGAGAGAGGGAAGUGGAAAGCAACCCAACUUAAUAUUUUCUGCAGUUGAAAGCUUUCCUCCCGAGUCUUCAUCCUCGUUGUCAAUGCAAAUUGCAAAUUACCAGUCACUUUCACCAUAAAAUCUCUCACAUCCUUUGCUUUUAUUUUUAUCUCUAUUUCUUUCUUUCCCUUUCCAUAUUUUUCACAAUAAUUUUCCAUUAUUCUUCUUAUUCUUCAAGGUUUUCCACCUCCCAUUUGAGAUUUUUCUUUCUGAGUUUCUUGCCAUUAAUUCAGUUUCAUGUUAAAGAUUUGAAAUUUAUAUAUAGUUGCUCUCUGCUCAGCCCAAAAGCAUAAAGCUUCCAUUUUUUUUUUCUCAAGUUUUUUCAGCCAAGCUCUCCCAAUCUCACUCAUCAUGGCAAGGAUGACAUCGCCGAGAAGUCCUAUGCCGAAGAGCCCUAUGCCAAAGAGCCCUAUGGUUUGCGAAAAGUACGAGACAGGAUGCAUGUGGCAUUUAUAUGGCCUCUUUAACUUUCGUCAAGGUCAUUCAAAUAAGAAGCUGCUUUCACACAGGAGGCAUUUAAAGAGAAUUGAUGAUGGAAAUUUAAGGACCAAGCUUGAUUUGCUUAACAAAAUAGAUGAGAAGUGCGAAAACAUGGAUGUCGGAACGAAGAACAAAACUCAAACAGUUGAUUCGGAUAUGGCAAGUAAAAGAAAGCUUAAGGGGGAAGAAUUGUCCACUGAGCUGCGGUUGAAUAAGAACAUUGCCUCUGAUCAAGUGAAACAUCUGCAAUCUGAUUCUAAAUUUGUUGGUUCAUUACCAAAGAAUAAUGGAAAGACUAGCAAUAAUCGUCAGAGAUCUCAUGAUAUACCUCUUCAUGGUCUGAAGAAUGACACUAAGCAUCGAAAACCUUCUAAUUCAACUUCAGCGGAAAAACCUUUAAAUAAGCUCAGCUCAGCAGCAUUGCCGGAAGUAUUAAGCAACGAGGUGCAUAGAAAAAAGCGACGAGGAUGUGGCUGUAAAAGUAUUGAUUACGUUAAGUAUGACCAGAUUAACGAAAAUAAUCAUCCGCCGGUACAGAUGAAUGCAGCGGAUGCCAUCACAAGUCAGAAAAUCAUUGAUGGGGUGAACCACCAGUCUAAACAAUUAUCAGAUGCAUUGCAGAUUUUGAAUUCGAAUAAAGAAUUGUUGUAGAACUCCUACAAGACCCGAACUCUCUGAUAGUUAAACACAUUGAGGACCCCCGAGAAUCUCAGACAAGAAAACAUCAGAGUAAAUCUGUCUGUGAAGAGAACAUUUCAGAAUGUAGGACAAGUAAAGCAAGGCAAUCUAAAGGUCCUUCCGGCAUUCACAAUUUAAAUUCCUCUGAUUUUUACCUAUCUCAGGAAAGUAGCUAUUCUGAUUUUGCAGAGAGAAAAGUAGUUUUAAAAGCUGGCCCACCAAGAUUGCAAAAUUCUUCAGACGGUAUCUAUUCUUGCUCCUCUAUGCAAUCUUAUUACAGCUUUAACAAUGAUGGGGAAAGUGAGAGGCCUGCAAAUUUUUCCCUCAGCCGUAUGAAGAGGAAACUGAGAUGUGCUAUAGGGGUAAGCAGCAAAGAGCAGGACUUGAAAACAAUCAAUGCUACACUUCAAAUAUCUCCUUGCCAAGGCUCAGAAGACUCUAAAGGAAAAGGUGUCAAGAUCAUGAGAAGAAAUUCACCUAGCACCAUUAAUUCUGCUGACAGUGAAGUACUGAGCAAGUCUUCUUUUGAUAUCGAGAACAGAAGCAACAUAGGCAAGGUGAAUGAAUGUGAAUCAAGCAUUGGAUGUGAAACUGCAUCAACCAGGGGAACUGGCCUUCAAAACCCAAACAUUUCACUUGUUAGCCAACCAAAGAAAAAGGAAUCUGAAACUUUUGCAGAAUUGUUAAUGAAAGGAAACAAGGAUAAGAACAACUUUGUAAGACAGACGCCAAAAACCUGCGAAGGGGUGGCAUCAUUUCCUGAGUAUGACUUCUUGCCUACACGCAGUCUGGAGAGGGACUGGGAAAAUACAUUUGUUGAUGAACCAACGCGAUUUUCACCCUACAGCAAUUACCAACUGGUAUAUGAGAACAAGUCUGGGCUUCAGAAAGAAAAGAAAACCUGCUACUCGACUCCACUGAGGCAGGACGUAGAGGCCAUGCCUGAGAAUAAGAAACUUGAUGAUCAAUUGCAAGUUCUUGAUAUACUGCGAAAUAUUGACAUCAAAGGGCUGGGAGAUAAAUCAAGGCCUAAAGGCUGUGUCCAAAUUUUGGAGAGUAAUUCCACCAUGCACCGAGGAGAAACAAAUUCCUUAGAAUUUCCCUCUGAAUCGGACAGCACAAACAAAGUAACUACAAUAGAAGUCAAGGAUACUAUCCACUCAGGGGAAACUAGUUGUUUGGAAGUUCUAUCCAAACCAGAGAGCACGGAGAAGACCAAUACCAUAGAGACUAGUAAUGCUACAUACCAAGGAGAAACUAAUCCUUUUGAGGAUCAGCCAUUAACAUCUUCACCAGAUGUUUUCUCAUCAACUCCAAGUAUUCAGAGGGUGGAAGAUUCUGAUAACAUCAAAGAUAAACGAGAGCAGCCAAGUCCAGUUUCUGUGCUUGAGCAGUAUUUUGUAGAUGCCACCAGUCCUGCAAGCACCAUAUUUGAACCUGCUGAAGAGCACCAUUCUCAUCCUCUUACGAGGUCCCAUUUGGACCCUGAAACUUCUUCUUUGAGGGAACACCAAGUUAUCUCCGAGUACAUUAAGGCAGUGUUGCAAGCUUCCACCUCAAAUUGGGAUGAGCUCUCACUGAUGCCCCAUUCAUCAGAUCAACUGCUUGAUCCAUUCUUGUUUGAUGCAGUAAAGUUACAGGCUAACCAAUUCAAUAGUGAUUGUAUGCUGUUCCUUGACUGUAUAAAUGAAGUCCUUGUCGAGGUAUAUCAUACUCAUCUUCCAUGCUCCCCUUGGGUGUCAUUUAUCAAGCCAAUUGCCUCAAGACAAUUUUCCGAGAAUACUGUGAUUCAUGAGGUGAUGAAGUCUGUUGAUCGGUACCUCUUACCACAUUCAUCGCCACAGAAGUUGCAACAAAUUGUUGAAAAGGACAUAGCAUGCUCUGGGGCAUGGCUAGAUCUCCGGAAUGAUUCUGAGGAGGUCAUUUUUAAGAUGGUUGAAGGUGUUUUAGAAGAAUUGAUCAUGGAAACCAUAUUUUAACAACCCUUCAGAAAAUUUAUAUUGCCACUGUAUAUUAGCUUUGGUCUGAGUUGGACCAAGGUAAUUUGGCAAACUCAGGCAGGUUGGAAGAACUGGUUUCAAGCCACUUGAGUAUUGUCUUAUGACUCCUUGAACAAGCAUGCAAAAACAAGGUUGCUACGUGUGGAGCUGGAUCAAGGAAUCAUCUUUUCUAACCUGCAUAAGAUUGGUAUGAGGUCCCUUCCAAGACUGGGGAAGAUUAUCAAAAGAAGAAUACCUGAAGCUACAGCUUAAACUUAUCAGUAAACCUGAAAUCAAGAUGUUUUCGGAUUGCAUUGAUAUCUACAAACGACGUGCUUUCAAUCAUCCUAUGCUCAACAAUCAUACAAUUCAGGUCUAUGAUCAACUCUUUAUGUGUUUGCUUCAGUGUCAUGCUCGUGAACUAUUGGCACUCAUUUACUGGUGUGGACUUCACACGCCAGUUACUGGUUCAUAAUCGUCCACAAGUUCAUCGAUGACUAAUGCUAAACUCCUUAUACAAUUUGGUGUUUUGAUGUGUCAUUCCAUUAAUUUUAUCUUCUGGCUGAAAAAGCAAGUCUUUGGAAUCGAACUACGGUAGCUACCCAACAAGCACUCACAAGCGCGGCUCAAAUACGUUAACCAACGGGGCCAUCGUGUAAGUAAACACAUGUCAUGAAAAACCAUUUAGCCUUCUGAUUGUUAAGCAUCCAAAUAAACUAAUAGCUUUUUGAUAUUGUAUUUUCAUAUUAUUUAUUUAUUUUUUCCAUUGAUUUCACUGAAACACUGUUGCCAAGUGCUAUUCCUUAUGCUUCUGUCAUAUGAAGCCUCAUGUAUGCUAAUGCCAUGAUAUGCACAAAGCCUGAUAUCACUUGUGUUAUGAGCAUUACUUGUUGAUAUCAGUCUAACCCAAGAUGAGAAUAUUGAGCAACUGUCAAGACGUCUUUAAGUACUCAAGAGCUAAGGACAUGUUCCUCGUUUAUGGAAGAGCUACAAAGUUGCGAUUGGAAGCCUAUACAUAUGCAGAUUUCCAAUCUGAUGUUGACGGUGGAAAUUCUGACUUCGGAUAUAUAUUCACUCUAAAUAGUGGGGCUGUCAGCUGGAAGAGCAAAAAGUAAGAUGUAUUAGCUGAUUCCACGACAGAGACAGAAUAUGUCACUGCGUCGGAAAAGAAGCGUUCUAGAUGAAGAAGCUCAUUACUAAACUUGGAGUGGUUCCAACCAUUACAUCACUAGUAACUUUGUAUUGUGAUAAUAGUAAGGCGAUAGCUUAACCCAGGGAACCCAGGGCUCAUCAAAAGAAUAAGCAUUUUGGUUAGAAAAUAUGUUACAGAGCAUAAAUUCAACAUCCUCAAGGUUGCCUUAGUCAAUAAUAUAGCAGAUCCAUUGACUAAGCCAAUGCUUCAAGUCCAGCUUGACCGCCAUAUGGCAAGGAUGGGUAUUAGAUACAUGUGAAGGUGGCUUUGAUUGCAAGUGGGAGAUUGUUGAAAGUAUGCCCAUAAAGCCACUCAUUUGAUGUAAUUGUUUUUGGAAUAGUCAUUAUGUUAAAUUCUUAUUUGGUUAGUGGAAGGGCAAAGCUCAUUGUUAAUUACUA